UUAUUCCACCAUGGCUACCACACGCAGGGCAGCCCCUUCCCGCGCGACCCAGCUAGGUUCUCUCGCCGUCUACGUGGCGCUCUGUCUCGCUCUCGCGUCUCCCGGAGACGCCUUCCGCCCCACCCGCUAUGCGCACUCCACCAUCCGCUCGCGCUUCCCGCAACGCGCAGCUCGUGAUGUUCUUAUAUCGCCUCUCCGCUUACCCAGUCGUGAUUCUAACGAGCAGUUGACGGCGAUUAAGCACUUAAACUUCAGCCGUAGUAAUUCGGGUCCCGAUGCGCGUGAGACCCGCUCCUCCGGGUCUCCCGGCGGGAUUUCCGCGCGGCUGUCAGAAUCGGGCCUGCAAUCUUUCCGGGAUGUGCUUGUAAAGGAAGUCCUUGAGGAGAUAAUCCCGCUUUCCAUACCUGACCUGCAGCUUCGGAAGGACCUUCCCAAGCCUCUCGGCUCGUUAGAAGUGAACCUAACGGAUUUGAUUCUAUGGAACGCGACUAUAGACGACGCGAGUAUCGACCUAGGGGUGGGCGACUCGGGCGGCGAAAUCACCGUGUUUUCCGGCAGGAUUACCGCGAACGUCAGUCUGACGUGGAGCUACGCGAUGGCGGGGGGGUAUGUGCGCGACUCGGGGAACGCGAGCGUGCAAAUAACGGGCAUGCAGGCGGGAAUCGCGGCGCAGCUUCAGGAGCGGUUCGGCGGGCUGUGGGUGUCGCUGCUGCAACGCGGCGCGGCGAUUGACGCUAUCGAGAUUCACCUCACCGGGAGCAUCUCAUGGCUAUACACUGUUCUCGUUGACCUGCUACCCAACCACCUCCGAGCGGCCAUGGAGGACGCCAUCACCGGCGCUCUAGACACAGUUGUCAACACGGCCAACACCGCCCUGCAGGCGUUGCCGCGCAUUGUCCCCAUCGACGGCACGGCGGCUCUCGACGCCACUCUGCCCGCCGACCCCACCAUCGACGGUCAGAGCAUCUCCCUCGCGUGCCACGGCCGCUUCCUGCCCUCCACUCGUGAUCCCACUGCUGCUCAUGCUCAUGCUCCAGCUGAUGCUGAUGCUGAUGCUGACGCCAGUCUGCCAUCCACCCUUGCUGCUGCUGCUGCUGCUGCUGCUGCUGAUGUCAGCGGGUGGAGUCUUGGCGGUGGGGAGAGCAGCAAACAAGAUGCUGAUGUCAGCAACAGUGGGGGCGUGAGAGUAUUGCAGGAGGGUGGGGUGGUCAGCAGCAGGGGUGGUGUGGAGGCAGGGAAGGGAAGAGGAGAAGGAGAGAGGGAGGUGGCUGUGGAUGGAGGAUGGGGGGAGAGAGGGAGUGAGGGAGGGAGUGUGGUGGGGCCUGCAGCGUGUGUGGGGGAGGGGGACGAGUGUGGGGAGGCAGGGCAGAUGGUGGCCCUUUCUCUUUCCCAGCACCUCGUUGCCUCCGCCAGCCAAGUGUACUAUGAGGCCGCUGCCCUCGCCCACACCAUAGACCACCUCCCAGACUCCUUCCCCUGGAAGCUCCUCAACACCAAGGGCUGGCGCUGGAUCCUUCCCAGAAUGUUCCGCGAGUACCCUGACGCCGACCUGGUCUUCCGAGUCAACGCUAGUCAGCCGCCCAAUGCCACGCUGACACCUGGUGGGAUCGGAUUGGAGGUCGACGCACUGCUCACUGUAACCGUGUUACCAGGGAAGACAUGGAAUCAAACGGAUGUGAUUGGUGUGAAAAUGGUUGCUGUAUGCGCGGGGACAGCUACAGUGGAGGGGAAUAACAUCACCGCUGCAGUCCAGCUGGUAAAAUUCCAAGCACAAGAGCAGUGGAGUCUUGUGGGAAACAUCCCGACGCACAUUCUCCAGGCAAUAGUCUCGGCUCUCUCUCGCACCGUCCUUAUCCCUCUGCUUAACCAUCGCCUGCGUUCCGGCUUCCCCCUGCCCUUCCCUACUGGCAUCUCCCUCGCGAAUUCCUCCGUCCAUUACUGUCACGGCCGCUUGCUUGUGUGCUCGGAUCUCGUCUACAGAGGGGGUUUGUUUGGGAAGGAUUAGGUGAUACACGUAUGAAGGAGAAAGUCGGUUCACAUGCAAAAUUGUCAAGUUGCCACGUUAGUUUGUGGUGUAAAGUAACGUGUAGCAUCUCUUCUAAACGGCUUCAUAAGAUGC